CCGACCGGUGAAACUGUAAUAUUGUUAGUGUACGUUACUCUCAUACUCUCAUUCUAAUUUAAAACUCUACCAAUAAAACUUUGAUCUAAACUUUCUACAGUCUAGAAUAGUUGCAGUUGCUUAUUAUAUUCUGCUAUAAACUUUAAAGUUGUUAACAUGGAUGAUAAUAAUCCGGAAAUUUCGUUAUUAAUUGACGAUCAAGUGUUUAAAGCAAAGAGGAAUGAUUUGAUGGAACAUAGUGAUUUUUUUCGAGCUAUGUUUACUGGAGACUAUGUAGAAAGGGAGCGGAAACAAAUAUUUAUUGAGGUGGUGGACGCUGCUUCUAUGAGUAUUAUAUUGAGAUACAUAAACAUAGGUUUAAUAGAUUUAACAGAAUUUGAUUUGCCAACCAUAGGAGAUCUUGCAGUUGCCGCAAGUUUCCUACAAAUUACAGAACUGACGAAACAAAUAGAAUAUUGUUUGGAGCAGCAACUAACAUUAGCCAACUGGUUGGAAGUUAAAGAAGUAGCAUUAAAUGCGGCUUUAGUCAAACUGGAGCAAAGCACCGUUAUAUUUGGACUUUUUUCGUUCAGUAAAAUGAAGACUGAGAAUAUUCAAUCGUUAGAUAAGUUAUAUUGGUACUUAGCACAUCCGUACUUGAACUUAGAGUCUGAACUAGACGCAUUCAAGUUUGGUUUAAAGUGGCUCCGGGAACAUGAAAUGGGUGCCGACACACUGUUAGUGGUUCUUUGUUGCUUAGACCUGAAAAGACUUUCAAUUGAAGAAUUAAUAGAAAUUAGAGAAUUAAUAACAGAUUUUGCCAAUAGUUUAGGGGAAAGAGUAGUAGAAUGUCUGUAUAAAUUAUUAUUGGAACAUGAUUUGUCACUUGAUACUAUAAGGCAGAAUAAAGAAGAACUAUGUCUCUUUUAUACUGAAAAAGUUUACACAGAAGUGUUCAAUUUAGUAAAAGAAAGUGUUGAACGUAAGCUAAAGUAUACACCCACAGUGCCAAUGUGGUCGAACAAGGACAAAAAACCAGAAGUGUCACAGAAUUAUUUAUUUACGUACACGGAAGACGCUGGUUUCCAAAGGUGGAUGGAAGUCGCUGAACGAAACCUUUGGGGUUGGAAUAUAACAGCUUCGAGUCCCACUCAGAUUGUGGUGGUAUGCGGUGAAUAUGGACGCGGUUCUGGAAUUUUUAUGAGAGAUGUGAAAGUUUAUGAUGUAUACAAAAAGGAGUGGACUCAACAUGGAGUGGAACUGCCUGUGAGGAGACAUGCAGGUGUUGUAGUGGUAGAUGAUUCACUAUAUCUACUGGGAGGUGUUGGUGGAUUCCGGGUAGUGCUAGACUCGGCAGUAGUGUAUAACUUAAAGGAGAGGACAUUUAGGUCAAUAGCGAAAUUACCCGACGCAGUGCAGUCGCCCGCCGUCUGCGCCCACGACGACGAGGUGUACGUUAUAGGUCAUAGAAACAUUUAUAAAUACGAAGAAAUUUGCCAAAAAGACCGUUGGACAAAAGUCCUUACAAUGGACAUCACGCCGACUUACCUGGUGUCUUUUAAAGGGUAUAUCUAUGUCGCUCAAUGCUACUUCCCGAGUCUGUAUAGGUUCAUACCUGGGGACGAACGCGGCUUGCAGCAGAUCGCCAGCUUUUGUCAUCCUCCUAGGGCUAUUUGUAAUUUAGGUUAUCGCCUGAUCGCCGUAACAUGUUCUGGAGACACAUCAACAGAUAUACUAUCUGUAGAAGAAUUACGUAUAGUGGGUGACGGCCACUAUUACCAGAAUACCGAUGUUCUUUGGUCCGAAACUGGGUCAGAGUUUGGCGUCAACCCCUCGGGGGCAUGUGCGGUAGUCAUGACAAUGCCUGAAAUUAAUCCUACUGUGUCCGCGUAUCAUCAGCGGUAUAUUGUAAUGUAUGGAUAGAUUUAGUUACUCAUGUUGUUAUAAUUAUAGUCGAUUAUAAAUGUAGUCUAUUAAGGUUCAAAAUCUUUUGUAAUUUUUGUAACGAUAAGAUCGGUUUUUGCUAAGCAAAAUUAAUAUUAGAUAUCAGAACUGUUUUCCAAUUAGUAUUGUUAUAUUUGACCAUAAAUUCAGUGUAGUAGAGUUCAAAACUAUUUAUAACUUUUUAUAACGAUCAAAUCGGCUUUUGCUCAGCAAAAUUUAAUAUUGGAUAUUUUAAUUUUUAAUUUAUUAAUAUUAAAUAUUUUAACGUAAGUACUCCAAAAGAUUUAAUUUAUAAACAUUUUUGGCCUGCUAAACCGUCUGGGAAGCGCUCAAAGCGUUUUUUAAAUAUUAUUUUAUUAUAAUUUUUAUAUUUAUAAGAUGGAUUGAUUAGUUAUGUAAGUUCGCGACUUCUAGUCUAAAUUAUUAUCAUUUUUAUUUGGAAGCUUUAUUGAUGAUUAUUAUGUGCUUAUUUUAUUUUUAAACCUCUAAAAUUGCUAAUUACUAUCCAAUUAUCUCAAUCGAAAAAUAAUAUUUAGUAUGAAUUCUUUUAAACAUAAUAUUUCUUUAAAAAAAAUUGAAUACAAUUUGUA